UUCUGUACUACUUUUUCAGUGCUUCUGUUUUUUUGCCACAAUUUUUCACGGCGUCUUCAAAAAUAAGGUACGUUUUGUGUGAAAUAAAGCUAAAUUUCCUAAAGAUUUUUGUUAUUGAAUAUUGGUAUUUGUAGAAUUUGAGCAAUAAAACAAUAUUCUUUAGCAGGAAAGUAAGAUUUAUUGGAAAAACAAUAGAAAAGUUGAUAAGCGGUGAAAAUAAAAAUGGGGAGAGUUCAUAAGAAAAAAAUCGCAGAAUAUGCGGAAACGGCUGAAAAUGAAAACGAACAAGAUGAGGAAACUAAAAAGGGCGCCACUGUGGAGUCCAAUAGCGAUGAGUCGGAAGUUGAAGGUGGUGGUGAAGAAGGUGAUGAUGGAAAGAAAAAACAAAGCGUUGGUAGCGGCACCGAAGAUGAUCAGGAGGACAUAGAGGAGGGCAGUAGCGGUACUAGCGGAAAGAAGGGUAAUAAGCGCAAGGCAGCGCCGGAAAAGAUGGAAGAUGGAGAUGAUGACAAUUUGGACAGUGAUGAUGAGCCAUUAAAUGGCGGCGGUGGUGGUAGUGCCAAGAAGGGGCGAAAAGCGGCAGGAGGUGGUAAACAGAAAGCUGCUGGAAAAAAUGGCAAAGCCGCUGGAAAGCGUGGAAAAGGAAAAAAGGCGCCAGCCAAGUCUCAAGUCGUUGAAGAAGAACAAGAGGGCGGAGAAGAAGAAGAACAAGAAGAAGAAGAGGAAGAAGUUUAUGAGGUGAAAGACAUCGUGGGUCAAAAAGUAGAACACGGUGUUACCUACUAUUUGAUACGUUGGAAGGGCUACACUAAGGAAGACGACACUUGGGAACCAGAAGAUACUCUAUCUUGUCCGGAUAUUAUUGAAAAAUUCAAGAAUAAGCAAUCGACAAGUAAAACCAACAAGAAAAGUGGCGCGGCAACCAAGAAAGGACGCCCGGCAAAGGGCGAUCUUGCUGCUGAUCCAAAUAAAGAAUGGGAGGUCGAUAAGAUAAUUGAUUAUGCUGAGGAGAAAAAUCAACGCGUUUUCCGUAUACGUUGGAAGGGAUUCGGACCCAAGGCUGAUACAUGGGAACCAGAAGAGAAUUUGUCAUGUGAUGAAAUUAUCGAUAAAUUUAUGAAGCGCAUGAAAUCACAAGAGAAUGUAUCAUUUAAAGAAUUACGUGAAGAGCCGAAAAAAACGAAAAGACUCGUAAAUGAAACAUCGCCACGUACAAAUUAUCAUAAUCCGAUAGGUCGUAAAUCCAAACGCGCUGUAUCAAAAAAGAGAGUUUACUAUGGCGAUAGUGAUGAGUAAUUUGGAAUUUGGAAGACAUGAUUUUUUAUGACUCUUAUUAACUUUUUUUUUUUUUUUUUUUUUUUGAAAAUAAACAUCAUAUAUUUUUUUUAUAUCCGGCAACACUGCAUGUAGCAUUGCAUUUUAACUUUAUGUGCAAAAAUUAUACUCUGAAAAUUUAAAUUUUAAUCCACAUUAAUUAUUGAGUCCUAUUACAUACGACCAGAUUAAAGAAAAUAUUUAAACUAUUUUUGGUUUUUAAAACUACUUAUUUAUCAUUAUGAAUUACAAAUAGUAAUUAAAAAACUUCUCCCAUAGCAUGCUGUAGGUAUGAUUUGAUUUAAAAUAAUAAGAAAAUGCAACAUUUUUAUCAACAAAUGAA